AUGGCAUUGACUACACGGAGACGUUCUCGCCCGUGGUCAGAGUAUGUGACGCUGCGAAUGGUCAUCGCCAUUACCAAGCACUUUGGAUGGCCCCUCGACCAGAUCGAUGUGGUGACUGCGUUCCUGUAUGGAGUGAUGAAGGAGAAGGUGUUCUGCGCUGUUCCGGAAGGCGUCAAGAUGGAAGGUGAUUUCGACUGUCUCGAGCUGAUCAAGGCGAUCUACGGUCUCAAGCAAGCCUCGCGUGUUUGGAACGAGACCUUCGACGAGUUCAUACGCUCGAUUGGUUUUCAAGCGUCGGGAUUCGAUCCAUGUCUCUACAUCAUGACUUCGGAAGGCCAUUGUGUUUUUGUGCUGGUCUACGUGGACGAUGUCUUGGUGACUGGAAGCUCGCUCGAGAUGAUUGCGCGCACCAAGAACGACCUCAAGACACGCUUCGAGAUGACGGACAGCGGCAAGUGUGCCUUUGUUCUUGGGAUCGAGUUAUUGAACGGUGAAGAUGGCAGCGUGACUAUGUGUCAGCGCCGUUAUGUCGACGAUGUCCUCAAGCGCUUUGGAAUGGAUGAGUGCAAGGCUGUGGCAAGUCCGGUGGACGUCAGCUCUCGACUGGUUCCAAGCAACUCUGCAAGCAAGGUGGAUGUCCCAUUCCGUGAAGCAAAACCCCAAGAAGAACACUGGGUUGCAGUCAAGCGCAUCUUCCGCUACCUACAAGGCACCAAGAUGCAUGGAAUCUGCUACAAGCCAAGUGCGAAGAUCGACUUUCGUGGCUAUUCAGAUGCAGACUGGGCCGGUGACCUUGCUGAUCGCAAAUCGACGUCCGGCUACGUCUUCAUGCUAUUGGGUGCUCCGGUGAGUUGGGGCAGCAAGAAACAGCCAAGUGUGUCACUGUCUACAAGCGAAGCGGAGUACAUCGCGCUCAGCCUGGCGAUCCAAGAAGGCAAGUGGAUCAAUCGCUUGCUGUGCGAAAUCAUGGCGGCUGCAAACGAAGAAGGACCCGAGCUCGUCAUCCGUGAAGACAACCAGUCGUGCAUCAAGAUGACGAAGAAUCCGGUCAACCACGGCCGCGCUAAACACAUCGACAUCAAGUACCAUCACAUCCGUGAUGAAGUCAAGCGCGGCGAAGUGAAGCUUGAAUACUGCGAGACGACGUUGAUGUUGGCGGACAUCAUGACCAAGGGACUUCACGGACCGCGUCACAAGGAGCUGACAGAGGCGCUUGGCAUCCGCACGUGUUCGUAUUGA